GCGUCACACUCUCAAAGCUCAACGCCGCCUAUGUCGACAAAUGUCUUAGCAAUUUCAACAUCGGCAAGUGAAGAUGGUUCCUCGUCUACAAGUCCCUUGAAGAGUACAUCUCCGUCAGUGAGUCAGACCAUCUCUGCAUCAAAAACUACAAUGAUUGCCGUUUCAUCUACUCUAGCUACAACAACUCCAGUUCCAACAACGGCUCCACAUGCGAACAAUAUGUAUCCAUAUGGGCCGCAGCAGAAUGAUAACGAGUUUCGUCUUGAAGACUCUCCUUUCUCCUCCUCCUCCCGCUGCUUGAGGAUCGACACGGAUUUUACUGGAUUUCCAUUCUUCUCGGAGAGGCAUUACAAGCUGUUUAUAUGCCGCAAUGGUAUAAUCCAGUUGAAUUAUGAAUGGAGCUGGUGGUGGCCACGGAAGUUUGGUGUCUACAGGUGGCUGAGAAAUAUGGCAAUUAUCGCACCGUUCUGGGCCACGACCGAUACGUAUUUUGCCUUCAGAGACAAUCAUUCUAAGGUAUAUUAUCAAGUGUACAGCCAAACCAAGGAAAGCUCUUCUGAAAUACUCGAAAUGGCUUCAAACCAUGUAAAGCUCUAUGGCGACCGUAACAAAUUUGCCAACUUUGCUGCUAGUUGGGUUCUUGUUGUGACCUGGUACAAUCUCUGUCCAUACGAUUACGACAACAACUGUCGUUGGAGUAACACUUUUCAGGCUGUCAUAAUUACGGAUGGAUUUAACACAUUUUUGAUGUACAACUACCCUUAUGGUGGAAUUGAGUGGGUGGUUCCAGCGGAUCCGGACAAUUACCGUUACUGGACUGGUUACUACGGUCUUCCUGUCGCUGGCUGGAACGCAGGAAAUGAUGGCAAAGAUUAUUACAACCACGAAGCCUCGUCUACAUUUGCAAUGUAUGAUCUUGAUAAGAAAGAAGGAAAUACGGGUUCGUUGGGGAGGUACUUUUGGAGGAUCGAGGACAGCGAUGGGACAAGUGCACUGGAGAAGUGCUUAACAUGGGCUGUUCUUAAUGAAAACGGGAACAUUCGUUACGAGUACGGCCGCUUAAUAAAAUCAGACCCGGAGAUGGCGUGUCCUUGUACUUUUUGGCAGGCGUUUCUGGACUGGGGAAGAUUCUCCUGGAGCUGGUGGUAUUCGUGGCCUGAAUUGUGUUUUGAGUCCAGGCGUUCCAAAUUCGUAAAUUAUAAUUCUACACUAACAGGAUUAGUUGGACUUCGGCUGAGACAGGAAUGUUGCUACUCCACUGACUCGGAAGACUGGGGCUCUCUCAAGCUUGGUCCUCCCGACGGCGGUCACGUGAACGUGACAGCUUUCCAUGACUCGUCCAAUCACGUGAAAACUUUCUCCUCCGACGAGGAGGCCUACCAAUAUUGCUGUGUUGAUCUAUCUUUGUGCAAUCUGUUUUACCUCUAUCGUCCGUCUGAUACCUGUUCCCGUUACAGACCUCCACCAAGACGUUGGUUCUGGGGCGAUCCUCACGUCAAGACGCUGGAUGAUGGGAAUUACACGUUCAAUGGACUUGGUGAAUACGUCAUGAUUGAUGCACAAAAUGGAACAUUCCAGCUACAGGCCAGAACAAAAGCUGCCCAGGGAAAUUCAACAACCGCCACUAUUUUCUCAGCCGGCGCAGCAAAAGAAGAAAAUACAAGCAUCAUUGAGGUCCGAGUAAAGGAAGGUGGUGGACUCGAUAUCUUGAUAGACAAAGUAAAGUACAAAGACUACGACACGCUGACAAACCAAAGUGUAGAAGUUGAUGGAAACCUUUCUCUCUCAAAAUCGGAAGAAAACUGUUUGCAGGUUUCUUUCCCGUCAACAAUGUCGGUGAAUUUCUGUGAGAAAAAGGAGAUGCUGUCAUUCGUCGUAACUCCUGCAGACGUUUAUAAGUACACCACCAAAGGUUUGCUGGGAACGUGGAACGAUAACCCGGAUGACGACUUUACAUUGCCUAAUGGAACAGUUUUGUCAUCAUCUUCAACGUUGAGGGAGAUUCACUUCGAGUUUGGUGUAAAAUGGCAAAUCAACCAAUCCCAGUCACUCUUCACCUAUGCUCCAAGUGAAAGCGUGGAUACCUUUAAAAACACUAGUUUCGUUCCCAUGUUUGCGGAUAACAUCACGUGGCAAAACGACAGUUUAAGAGUAAAAGCCGAAGAAGAAUGUGGUGAAGAUUACGAGUGCCUGUUUGAUGUGGCCUCUACAAACGAUCUGUCUGUUGGUGUGGUAACCAAAGAUAUCAGCAUUCAGUUGGUCAACGAAUCGAACGCUCUUAACAACUUCCCACCCAAGAUAGUCACCGAAUCAAAUGUGAUAAAUGUCACACUUCAUGAAACAGUUGAGCUAAAUAUCACAGCAGUGGAUAACGAUACCAUAACAUUUCGUGUUAUUAACAAGCCUCCUGGAGCCACAGUGAACCAAACUGAAAACGUGCUGUACUUUACAUGGACUGUUACUUCGUCGCAAAAGUUCAAUCUGUCAUUCGUUGCUACUGACGACAAAGGCGCAAGUGCCACCUGGAAUCCAACAAUUAACAUGUGCGCCUGCAACCACGGCGGUCAAUGUGUGCAGCCAGAAGAAGGAGACAAUGUCAACACUGACAGCAAGUUUGUAUAUAUGGGUUGUGCAUGUCAGGGGGGAUACACAGGAAGGUUCUGUGACAGUGACAUUGACGCCUGUGAGAGUAAUGGUCAGCCGUGCUAUACAGGAGUUGAGUGCAUUGAUCUUCCACCGCCAGCCAAUGCCAGUGGAUAUGAAUGUGGACCCUGUCCAUCAGGAUAUACUGGAAAUGGCGCUCAGUGUGCAGACUUUGAUGAAUGUCAAAAUAUUUCGUCAAACAACUGUGAACAGCUUUGUGUCAAUUUUCCGGCUUCGUUCUUCUGUGACUGUCGCGACGGAUACAAACUAAACGAUGAUGGUCGCAGCUGUGAUGAUAUUAAUGAAUGCGAACCUUCAAAUGACUGCAUGCAGCAGUGUGACAACAGUAUAGGAAGCUACAGCUGUUCAUGUGACCAGUUCUUCAAACCAGAUCCCACUGACUGGAGAAACUGUACAGCCACAAACCCUUGCGCUCCUGGACAUGGCUGUCAACAUGUCUGCUUCAAAGGAAGCGAUAACCAAGCAAAGUGUGCCUGUUUUGCCAACUACAAGUUGGAGAGUGAUGAAAAGACCUGCAGAGACAUCGACGAAUGUGAUCCAGCUGAUCCUCUCCAUCGCUGCAGCCAGAUUUGUGAAAAUACCCCAGGAAGUUAUAACUGUUCAUGUCAAGAAGGAUUCGAAUUGAACAGGGAUGGUUACCAAUGUGAAGAUGUUAAUGAAUGCCUGGAUAAAGAUUUGUAUAUCUGCACGGAUGAGUUCCACAGGUGCGUCAACACUCUCGGCUCGUACAAGUGUGAAUGUGAACAAGAUCUGUACUUUAUUGAUGGCAAAUGCAGAGGUCUAGAGAGGAAUGAAACAGCUCCCAAGCGAGUGUUACCUGAACCGCGUGUGCCAUCAAAGAAAGAAAGAGAAGAGGCUGUGCAGUUCGUAAUUCCACCCACAAGCGAUUUUGAAUGGGAUUUCGAAAAGGACAAGUCAUUCAAAGACAAAAUGGCGUCUGUAACAACCGAUUUCUGCACUGAGAACAGGACAAGAUGUGCCCUAAAGGACGCCAGGCGAAAAAGACGUUCACCUUUUUUGGACCUCUACACCGCUGACCAGGUUCACCUACUGCCUGGUUACCCUGGCAACGCAUCGGGCUCUCUCCAGGUAGCGUUUUACGUACAGCAGCCCCUUGGACUCUUUAUCGGAAAUAUCUCGGUCCUGCCUCGCAGUACACUGACAGAGAUCGUUAUAACUCACAAGUCCGCGCUUGAGACCGCUAUUGGGGCAGGCAUCUCUGUCUUCAAACCUGCCACACCGACCACGUCACCAACAGCGGGACCAGAUGAGCCAAGCAAUGUUUGGAAGUGGGCUGCUAUUGGUGUUGGUUUAGGAGUGUUAGUCAUCAUCUUGAUUAUUUUGAUCGUGUUCUGGCGCCUAAGAAGCAGUCUACCAGAGGUGAAGCGCAUGCCAUCUGAUGAUCAUGAAGAAGUCAUAACUAUGACAUCUUUCAACCGAUCGUCAAGACCAAAACGUGGAGACGAGUGGGGGAGUUAUAACUUCUAUCAACCUUAACUAGUACUCUCUACAGCAUUUAGCAUAUCUAAUUAAAGAACUUGUUCAAUGAAUAUGUUUUUUAAGACAAACUAUAGCACAGUGGAAUCCUGAUUUCUCGAAUCCUCAAUUAUUCCAACCUCCCGAUAACUCCAACCAAAAGUCGUUUCC